AGAAAGAACAAAAGUGCAAAGCGCGACGGUCUGAAAAAUUUUGCAUCGAAAAACGUCAGUUCCAUUGAAUUUAUUGAAACUCUUUGGAUGACUUGAGCAUAUUCGGUAUAUUAAUCAAUUAUCAAGACUACGAAUUUCACGAUAUCGAAAUGCCGGAGACAGUGUCGAAUGGCAAGGUUAGACCAUUCUUCAUAGCAACAAUGAAAAGCUUCUGUUAAGCAAUUACAUUCUGUCUCUGCGGUUUUUAUUAAUGAAUGGGAUAGAUUUCUCUUAAAAGCUUUUGGUUUCAAGAAAAGCAUACGAAGCAGUUAAAAAGAAGAAUGGAGUGCUGGAGAGAAAUUAUUUUACCACUAAACUCAAUUUUGUUGUGGGAGAGAUCAUGGCAUCUUGGUUUAAUAUUAGGAGUCACAACAUCCAUCUUUAUGCUUAUUUGGUUUUUGGAGCCAGCAUUACUCACAAUGAUCUCUAUUUGUCUGUUGAUACUGGCUUUGGUGGAUUAUCUAGUGCCAAUCCUAUCAUCAGCAUUCAUUUCAACAAAUAGCUGGACAGGGCAAAAAGAGAAGAAGUUGGAUGAUAUUUGUCAAAACCUUUCUGUGACCAUACUCCAAUUGCAAAAUGUUUGGGGAAAGAUAUUGCAGGCUCGUAAUAAUCGCCCAAAUUUGUAUUAUGGAUCUAUAACAUUGUGCCUGCUAUUACUUGCCUGGAUUGGAAAUACUAUAAAUAACCUGCUUCUUAUCUACAUGGCUGUAAAUGCCAUAUUGCUUACGCCUGGUCUGAGACAUAAAGGCAGAGUGCAGAAGGCAAUUAAAUUUCUCUGCAACUACAUGACCCACCGCAAGCAGUCUUAAUCGUCAUAUUUGUCACGUUUAAAUUUUGCACUGCGCAACGGAUACCUAAUAAAAUUCGUUUUUUGUCGCCAUUUUCAUAUUCGAUGUUUCUCUUUCGUGUGCGCUUUUCGCACUCACGAUCGUUUAUGUACUGACAAAAUUACCAAUGAGGUACCAAAACAGUUUGGAGGAUUACCAAAUACCAGUGGCUAAAGCUAAUAUUUACAUAUAUAUCUAAUUAUUAGAAAUACUAAUACUUAUAUUUUAUACUCGUAAUAUUAAUACCGUCACUCGGGAUUAUUGUCGAUUGCAUGUCGCUUGCGUAUUCGCUUCCUGAAAGAGCCACGUAACAUUAUGAUUUCAAUUAUGAUAUGUAGCAGCUGUUUCACAGAGUAGUAAGAAUAUCUUGUAUUUUAAAAAUUUCAGUACUACAAAAAAUUGAAUACACGGAGAAAACCACUGAUGAAAGAAGUUUUAGUGCAAGAACUGACUUAGUAUGUAACUUGAAAUCAUAGUAAUAAGGCGUAUAUUUCAAUUUCGUGCUUCUCGUCAGUCCUACAAGCAAAUUGUAGUUGUUACGCCACUGUAUAACAUUAAAGUGUAUUUAGACUAUUUUUAAAAUUUAAAAAUAUAUUCUACUCCUGUAGCAUGACGUAUAGAGUAUUAAUUUGAAAUGUACUUAAUUAGAUUCAUCAUGAUAAUUAACAGACUUCAAUUAAUAAUCUCUAUGUUAUUUGCUGAUUAGCAAUAGUCAGUCGCGCAGCAUUGUAUUCAGUAUAUAUUAACGGAAUAUUAGAAAUCACAAAUAGUUAUUUAGUUCCUUAUAGAUUCAUCAGAGAAUGACAGCAAUCAAUAUAGAAAGUUGAAAGCUUUUGUAAAAUAAUUUUUGCUAAUUAGAAAUCGGACUGAUUGAAAACAAAUUUCAUAUUGUUUUUAGAAAUCGUCGUGAUUGCAAGCAAUAAACAAUGGUUCAUUUUCUACUCAAUAAACAUUGGAUACAUGUU